GUGAACCCCAGAAAAGGUAUUUUUGUCUAAAUAACAAGAUUCAAACGAAUGCGGAAGUAAGAAGUUGGGAGCGCACCCUCUCGUUCUCGCACUCUUUGGCUAAUGCUCGUGGAUAUGUGCUGAUUAAUGAAGGAGGUGGCUCUACGAGACGGCCACAACCCCAACAGGAAGGACACACUGGACAGUAAUUCAUCACCGUGAGAAGAGCUUUGUUACUAUCCUAGGAAACAUGACAGGGGAGACGAACAGAGUGUUAAGGUUGUGUCUGCAUCACAUGGCCCUGCUCCGAAGACGUGCGCUCCCCGGCUCCCCACUGCGACCAGCCAGAUCCUUCAGCUCACUCAGGGAAGAUAAGCGCAGAGGGCUGUUGUGGAAGACACUUGUUGGCCUCUCUGUCGGUGUACCUGUGGCAGUGGGUGUCAAGUACGCAGUGUCAGAACCAAGAAAGAGGAGGAAAAUGAGGAUUGUGAUCGAAGGAUUUGGUCGCCUGUGCAGAUCUCUCUCUGUGGGAAUCUUUAUCUCUGUGGAUUACUGGUGGACCACCAAUGUGGCUGUUCGGGGCCUGGAUGAGAGCAGCCCAUCCUACUUGGCUGAGAUGUCAGCCUGCCACCAGAGGGCAGCAGAGUGCAUGGUGGAAGGAGCCAUACGGAACGGAGGAAUAUACAUCAAACUCGGCCAAGGUCUGUGUUCCUUCAACCACCUCCUACCCCCCGAGUACAUCCGCACCCUGCAAAUACUGGAAGACAAGGCCUUGAACAGGAGGUACAAAGAGGUCGAUGCUCUCUUCCAAGAAGAUUUCAACAAAACCCCAGAGCAGCUUUUUAAAACGUUUGACCAUGAGCCCAUCGCUGCUGCCAGCCUGGCUCAGGUUCAUAAAGCAGAGCUUUUUGACGGGACUCCUGUCGCUGUGAAGGUGCAGUACAUCGACCUCAGGGAUCGGUUUGAUGGUGAUAUUAGAACCUUGGAGAUCCUCCUGGAUAUUGUCAAGUUCAUGCACCCCAGCUUUGGAUUCAGAUGGGUGCUUAAGGACUUGAAGGGUACGUUGGCUCAAGAGCUUGACUUUGAGAACGAGGCCAAGAAUUCUGAGCGGUGUGCCGAGGAGCUGAAACACUUCAGCUUUGUUACUGUUCCCAAAGUCUUCUGGGAGCUGACAAGUAAGAGAGUGUUGACAGCAGAGUUCUGCAACGGUUGCAAAAUCAACAAUGUGGAAGAAAUCAAAAGACAAGGAUUAAGUUUGAAAGAUACUGCAGAUAAACUGAUCCGAACAUUCGCCGAACAAAUAUUCUACACUGGUUUCAUCCACGCUGAUCCUCACCCUGGAAAUGUUCUAGUGAGACGAGGUCCUGACAACAAGGCAGAGUUGGUGCUCCUGGACCACGGCUUGUAUGAAUACCUCAGUCAACGUGACCGAGUGGCCCUUUGUAAACUGUGGAGGUCCAUAGUCCUGAGAGAUGAGGCAGCAAUGGAAAAGUACUCCAAUGCACUCGGCGUCAAAGAGUACUUCCUGUUCUGCGAGAUGCUGCUGCAGCGGCCCAUCAACAUGCGGCAGCUGGGUCUGUCCAACAUCCUGAGUCGAGAGGAGACGGCCUACAUGCGCAAGAUGGCCAGCCACCGCUUCGACAGCAUCAUGCAGGUGCUCAAGUCGAUGCCUCGGCCCAUGCUGCUCGUCUUCCGCAACAUCAACACGGUCCGAAGCAUCAACAUCACACUGGGAGCGCCGGUGGACCGCUACUUUGUCAUGGCAAAGAGCGCGGUGCGAGGCUGGGGAAGGAUCCAGGCAGAGCGGACAGGAAUGCUGCCCCGGUUCUGGGUCUUCCGCUGGGUGAGGACGACGUGGGAGAGCCUCAAGUUUGAACUGGCUCUGAGAUGGGAGAUGGCAUCCAUGAGUGUGACGCGCUCCUUCCUGAGCCUGUUGUCGUACGUUGGCCUCAUAUCUUUGGACGCGGAGAUGUACGAGUACCUGAGAUAGCGCAGGCAUGUCGCACUCUGAAGGAACAGAGUAGCACAAGUUCAUGCAAAUCCAUCAGCAGGGAGCCUUUCAGUUAUGGUGCUGCUCAAGUGUGAGCGCGUUUCCAAGCCAAAUCACCCUGAUCUCAGACUCAACUGCUUUCAAACUGAGCCGCAGGACUGUAAAGCACCAAACCCACUCCGGAGCAAACUUCCUGUUAUUUUAAUUAAAUUAUUAGAACUUUUUUUAGUGUAAUUUUAGAACAGCAAAUUGUUUUGAAAUUCUAAUGAGAUGUUUUAAGUUUGUCUUAAAAAAAAAAAAAAAUGGUGACAUUUAUUCCAGGAGACGAUUAUUUGUAGCAGCUGCAGCUUUCUGGCUAAGCAAUAAAUCCAACAGAGCAGAUGUAUUCCAGGAGUAAUAGGUAAUACUGCACCUCAGCUAUAAAGGAAAAAAAAAAAAAGACAAACUACAAUGUAACUGCAUCCCCACUCGAGAAAGUUAAAGUUAAAUGUUUAUGGGUUGGCCUGAAACUAAACUGCAGCUUUAAAGACAGCAGUACAGAUUCUAGAUACAUGUUAAUCAGUCUGAAAAUUGUUCUGUGAUACAAGAAUGAUGUUUGUGUUGGAUUAACCCCUCGUGUUGAGUGUUAAUCUGAUGAAAGCUACCCUGUCAGUGUUCUUGUCUCCUCAGUUGAGCAGGAUUACACUCCUUUCAGGUCCAGUGCCACCUCAACAAACGUUUUUAAGUUAAUUUAACGAUAUUAAUAAAAUGUUCUACCUCCUUUUUUAAA